UAGGCUGUAGGCAGCAGCGACAAUAAGCUGAACCCAGCUUUUUCUUGUAAACAUGCUGCUAAGCUUUGUGUACAUUUAUGCUGUACACAAAGUUUAUAAGCAAACAUUAGACAGAAAGAGAAGCGUGCAUGCGAUUGUGUCAACAAAAAAUUUUGACGUUUCUUUGUGUGCUCAACAACAAAACAAUAAACAAUACGGAAGGAGUGCUUAGAAUAAUCCGGGACAGAUACACAGUUUUCGCAAACGUUAAUUCAAUAAUUAAUUCAAUAAAUUGUAUAAUUUUCAAGUUAAACAAAAUUAGAAAAUUUAAAUACACCAAAAUGGCUACUUUGCCACCGCGGAAAAAUCCAACGCCGACAAGGCUCUCAAAGCAACAAAAUUUGACACCAAUACAAACUUUGUUGCAAAUGGGUUUUCAAAAGCAUAGGGCUGAAAAAGCUUUAGCAGCUACCGGCAACCGCGGUGUGCAAAUUGCCUCGGAUUGGUUACUGGCUCAUGUGAAUGAUCCAACUUUAGACGAAUGUGUUCCACGAGAAUAUAUACUCUAUGUCUGCCCAACAGGGCCUUUCUUGCAAGCUCUGGAAGAUUUCUGGACGAAGUCGCGGUUAUUGUGCGGUUGGAACGGUGCGCACAAUUAUGUUCCACAUAUUACACUAGUCUCGUUCUUUAAGGCCCCUGAUGAAUGCUCUCUACAAUUGUCUAAAGCAUUAAAACAGGUCGUUGACAUGGCUGGUAGUCUCCUGGAUCGUCCGAUAAAACUUGAACUAUACAUGAGCCAAAAUUUUAUGGGCUUUUUUGUUGCUGAAGACGAUGCCAAUUAUCUUAAACGUAUCGCUCUACAGUAUGUCAAGGAAUCAGCAAAUUCAAUCAUAAGCGAUACCUACGAGCAAUUGGAUGACGCGAUUGUUGCUUGUUUCCCUUGGUGUGGCGCUGUGUCCUCUGGUAAUCGUUGCAUUCCCCGUAGCAGUCGAUCCAUUUCCUUGGAGCCACACGUGAAAUCACUGCACUUGACCUUAGCAUAUCAGUUUCCGCAGAGCCAAUUUAAUGCACUAAAAACCUUAGUGGAAACACUAGACGCAUCUUGCGCCUCCAACUGGGAACUACGACUAUACUCACGUGAUCCCAGACUAGCAACAAAACAAGUGCAUAAAGUCGUUUAUCCCCAUACACCCCAUGAAAUCGACGAAUUAGAAUUGCGUAUUGGCGAUUAUAUAUAUCUAAAUAGUGACGCCGUUGACAGUUCUUCUGACGGUUGGGCUGAAGGUGUUUCAUGGCUUACAGGAAGUUUAGGGCAUUUACCAGUAAAUUACACUGAACGCACAGCGGAAUCGGAUGCAUGGACUUUGCACCGUGUCGUACAGCUAUCAAAAUCGGUUACACCAUCAUUGACUUCUGCAGAAGAAAUUGAUAUUGUGGAUGGACGCAGUCUAUCAACUGACCAAGAAGAACGUGCAAGAGAUUCUCAUCAUACUGGUAACUAUCCUGAGGUAAUUGAAGGGUCUUCUUAUAAUGAGGAGUCUGAACAAAGUGUUGAAAAAUACUUACGGAAAACUUUAAGACCGUGCUUAGACUUACCAACGCUACAAUUUAAUAACAAUCCUAAUCAACAUACUCCCAGCUUGGAAAUAAGUACUAACAAUAUGUGUUCUCCACAAAAGGAUAUCAUGGUUGAACCAAUUAUUGCUGAAGCAGCAAAACCAGACGAUACCCUCAGCACACAUUCAAUUCAUUCCAACCUUUUCUCUGAGUCAACUGCGCGCAAUAAAAACCGCAAAGUGUACAUAAUGAGACAUGGUGAACGUGUAGAUUUUACAUUUGGUACUUGGAUACCCUACUGCUUCGAUGAAUUUAAUAAUUAUGUACGGCAGGAUUUAAAUAUGCCAAAGGAGUUGCCGAAAAGGAAAAAAUGUCCGAAAGGUUGGCGUAAUGAUUCUCCGUUAACCAAUAUUGGUCUUUACCAAGCAAAACUAACUGGUGAAGCUAUGUUUGAUGCGAAUGUGCAUAUUGACCACGUAUUUUGUUCACCAGCGUAUCGCUGUAUACAGACUUGCACUAGUGCCUUGGAGGGACUUAAGCUGAAAAGUAAUUAUCCAAUCAAGCUAGAACCAGGCUUGUUUGAAUACAUGAACUGGCAUCCUGAGGGUACACCGGAUUGGUUAAGUUACGAUGAACUUUCAGAUGCAAAAUUCAACAUCGAUCCCAACUAUAAACCAUUUAUGACAGUCGACAAGCUCAAUGAAUGUAUCAACGAAACGUCUGAAGAAUUUUAUAAACGGAACUAUGAAGUUUUACGCAAAAUAAUUGAUGUUACAAAAGGCAAUAUAUUUGUUGUUGCACAUGCCACUACACUGGAUACAUGUACGCGUCAAUUGAUUGGUGAGAAUCCACGAAAUUCUGACGAACUGCGUCAAGUUAUACACAAAAUACCAUAUUGCAGUUUAGUUACUGUCGAGGAGAGUAAUAAUACAUGGAAAUUUGUUGAGCCGGACUGUUUGCCAGUAACACAUGCAAAGAACCCUCGCUUUGAGUGGAAUGUUCUCACCGCCACAUAGUGUUCGUGCUUUGAGCAUCUUUUGGCUUAAGAAUUAUUGAAACACAAUUACUUUAAAUUAACUUAUGUAUGUUUGAUACACAAUAACUACACAAUAACAUUCAUUAUAAACAUACGCACAUUGAUGGAGGGGUAUGUAACUGAAGGCAUACUGAAAAUUGCUUAAAUACUUCUUAUUGUUAUAAAUAUUAUAUUAUUUAUUAUCAACUUAAA